AUGCCGGUAUUUACUUCGUUGGCCUUAUCUUGUGCCGUAUGUUUUAUUUCUGGUUCUUUAAUUAUUUUACAGAGUUAUUUGGAGAUAAAGCAUAAACAAAGGAAAUUGGUUCCCCCACCGGUAAUUAUUCGUAUCAAUCAUUCAGAUAAGAACGUUGAAAAAUUGAAAGAUGUCCGUUCCCUUGGCACAACACCGGUGAACCAUAAUGUUAUUUACCCCGUCUCCAAAAAAUCAAGCAUCAUAUCUUCUUCAUAUCCUCAACGAAUAUCACAUAAUCCUCCUUCACGUUCAUCGAUGCCGUCAUCAUGUCCAAUUUUUCUAUCCUUCAAUUCACAUACCCCUAACUUUAGCGUAAAAAAAUCUAAACGAAUCAAUCCAUCAUCAACUAGUGAUAGUGAUAGUGAUCAUAGCGUCGCUUCAAGUUGUUUCGCGUUUACUCAAGAUUUAUUUGCAUUAUGUGAAUAUUUUAAUAUGAUUUCUGUAUUAGCGGGUUUGAAUUCUAUGUUUCAAUCUAUUUGA